AUGGCUGAGUCUCUCGUAGCAGGUUAGUUGUUUCUUCGUUCAAAGGUUUCAGGAUCCCAUCAGAUCUUCUUCGGGUCCUUUUAUUUGAAAAUUUUAACCUAACUAUGAAAAUACGUUGGAAAAUUGCUCAGACCUUUUUUGAAGUCCCCUGAGCCGGGUCCCACAAUCAUAUCUUCGCUUUUCGUCUUUUAAUCAAGUUAUGACGCCGUAAAGUUUCCCUAUAGUUUUGGCGUCUUUGAGGUAUCAUAAAAGCCCGAAAAGAAAAUAAGGUGUCUAGUAUAGUCUGUGUGCGACGACUUGAAAUUUCACUGAACGACAUUCCGCUGUUCCGCUGCGUGCGUUCGCGAAGAGUUUUUCGAAUCUUGGUCACGCUUUCAUUUGAUUGUUAUUGCUGUGUGAGCACAGGAAAGUAGAGUAGCUGAAUAAAAAUAAAAAAUCAGAAGCGCGACCAAGGUUCACAAAGCCGCGCAGCGGAACAGCGGAACGUCGUUCGGUGAAAUUCCAAGUCGUGGUACAAUGGCUAUAACAUAACUCAGAAAAAUUCAAAAAAAAAACCCCCUUGUGACAUUUUUAUCACCUCUGCUCCGAAAUAAUUGAACGAUUUACAGGAUGUCCUGGGGUGUCGAUAGAUUUGAACGCGUCGCCUUACACAAACGGAGAAUCUGCGCGACGAGGGUGAGGUUCAGGGUCAAUCCAGGAUAGUGAAAUGGCUAAAGCUGAUUCACGGCUGGCUUGAGUCAUCGCACAAUGGGUCCUGACACGAUAAGAAAAAGACAGUGCCUGGUUGAGGCAGACAGGCUACGCCUUUGAGUGUCCCAAGCUAGCCGUGAUCGGCUACAGCUCGGAACCGACAUGCAAAAAAUAGGGAAAUGUGGAAAAUGGAUGGAAAAUCAAAGUCUAAAAAUCAAGAAAAACGGUUCUACUGACAGUGUGACCGCUUGGCGGGUCGGGUUGCCACAGGACGCCCCGCUACGAAAAUUUAUCAGCAGCUCUGGUUACUAUAUCAAGCACUUCCGGAACUCCUAAAAAAUAUCCAAAAUACGUAUUGAUGUUUAAUUUGAAAAAGUAUCAAAGGGUCGGUCUGAAAAACUUCCGAAUUAUGACAAAAAAAACAUUAGGCAGCAAAGCCGAAUUUUAGAACUGUUCCUUAUUUCGUGUUCAAUUUGAUUACGCGAAAUGCAAAAUACCCGUUAGAGAAAGGUAAAGAUCACUAAAUUUUGGUGAGUCAGAGAUCAUUUUGCGUUUUGCGGAAUCAAAUUGAACACGGCAUUAUUUAGAAAAAUGAAAAUUUCACUGAUAAUUCAACACGUUUUCAUUUUAUUUGAAAACGCAGUUACUUGAACCCUUUCUGAGCAGAUUUUUGAAGUUUUAUGAUCGAGGAAAAAGAGAUCGCAGACAAGACAGAGUUUUUGCGGUCAUGAAUGAAAGAGUUGAAGCAAGAUUUCUCAGAAAAGCUCUACUCUUAACCAAAAAAAACUUCAAACAAGUUCUAUUCUGAUCUGAAGAAAAGUUUAAGAAUGUCCUAAACCUUACAUGGAAGGUCAUUUUUGCGUAGGGUUUGGCAUUAUCUAUAAAUUUGCUCAAAGGAUCUUUGAUGGACUGGGAAUCGAUCCCGCAUAGUCGCUAUCUGCGCAAACUUUUUGUUUUGGAGAUGUGAUUUUUGAAAAUUUUUGUCCUUAAACACGUGAAACUGUUCGGAAGGAAUAUGUCCGCAGCACAAGUCAUUGCAUGACAGCUAGGAGCGUGGUGUACUCGGCAGGAAUUAUGCUCCGGGCAGACCCUAUCUGGGAUGCGGCCUUUAAACUAUCGGUGCUUUUUCUCGCACAUUCAGAGGCACAACCGAGCGCGGAGUCAGUUUUUUGCGCAAUGACCUCGAGAGUGGAGUUUUCGAAAUUCCGAGUCAAUUCAGUGCAAUUUCAGGGGAGAAAGCGAGCGAAAAAAGCGAAUCUAAAAUCUGUAAUUUUCUCAAAUUCAAUUCUAAAGUUUUAUUUAGUAGAUCUUUUGAAAUUAAAUAGAAACUCCUUCUAUCGUAAUAGCUUACUUUCCGCACCUUAUUUGCGCCCAAUGGGAAUAGGUUAAGCCCCGUUGAUAAUAAUUAUUUUUGUUCCCAUGCAAGUUGAAUUUCGUGGUCAGCACUGUGCAGCCUCUCCUUUCGCACGAAAAAGACUCGAAAAUGUUACGGUUUGUAACUACCACUUGCAAAGUGCAAAAGAUGGGAAAAGGAGAGCAAAUCUGGGGGUUGCACCGGGCCGAGGUAUCUGCCGAGUAGUGGCAGUGUGUGCAAUAGCGUGCGAAGCCUAUGAUAAAGGUUCGAAUCUUUUUGCGGCUAUCGGUUUUUGCCAUUAAUUUUUCAACGGAUCAUGAUGAACAUGUCGAAAUUUCAUAAAUAAAAACGUUCCAAACCUUUCAAUGUUUUUCUGAAAAUUUCUUGUUUUUAAUCAUGAAAUUUCAACAUGUGCAUCAUGAUCCGUUAAAAAAAUAAUGACAAAAACGGUGGGGGCAAAAAGAUUCGAAUCUUCAUCAGGCUACUGCGCUAGCCACUGCAUCACGCUCCAAGCUGUCAUGCAAUGACUUGUGCUGCGGACAUAUUACUUCCAAACGGUGUCACGUGUUUAAAAAUGAAAACUUUAAAAAAUCAUAUCUCCAAAACAAAAAUUUUGCGCAGAUAGCGACUAUGCUUGAUCGAUUCCCAGUCCAUCAAAGAUCCUUUGAGCGAAUUUAUAGAAAGUUCCAAACACUACGCAAAAAUGACCUUUCAUGUUAAUCAUAAAUUGCUCGAAAAUUAAUACUAUUCAAAAAUCUUCCAGGCUGGUAAAUUUCAUGAAGUCAAUGUUCGUCGGAGAUAUCGACGACUCUAAAAGCGAGGUGAGGUCUAAAAGUUGGAAAAUUGUAUCUCUAAAACUUGCAGCUAGUGGCCGAGUCGGUCGUAGGAUCGAUCAAAUUUUCUCUGCUUUUUUCCUUUGUAAGUGAAACUUUUUCUAUGAGCAAGAGAUAGUCUUUCAUUUUAAAACUCAAAAAAAAAGAACUAGUCCUUCAUUUCGAGCUUUUACAUAACUUCACAUUGUUUUAGCCCACGAUGGACUUCGUUCUACUGAUGUUCUUCGUGUUGAGUAUUACGAUGAUCCUUCUAUUUUUCCUCAAGCGAAAAAAGAACGAUCCAAGGAAGCCAAACGUAAGUUGGUUAUUAAAAGUCAGCUUUCUAUUAGAAAGGUCAGAAAAGACCUUAAUUUCCACGGAAACAAAACUGAAGCAAUACGACUGUUUCUGGUACAGUUUUCAAAAUGAAAAUGCAGAAAGAAGUUAGCAAAAGUCGCGGAAAGAUGGCGGCUUCGGCGGUUAUUGUUUUCCUGGUUUUGAUUGUGAUCGGCAACAUCAUCGCCAUCAGUGCGCAAGUCGGCCUCUCGGGCUCUAUGAAGGAAACGGAUGAGCUUUUCGCAGAAAUGUUGGAGGGCGAGUCUCAUUCAGAAAAUGAAAGGAUGGUGAUGGCCCUUUCAGGUCUUGGAAAAGUCUACACCGACUAUUCCACUUCCUACGACUGUUUCUGGUACAACUACAUGAGAGUCUACAAGGCGACAGUACAUUUUCAUUUGCGUUCAAAAAUCGAGAAAGAAAUCAAUGAACUGGACGAUUUCAAAGACGAGCUCAUCAGGCUGGGCGCCGACUUAGAUUUCUUCAAACUAUCCCAAGUACUUCUAUACAAGAAGAAGGUUCUGAUAUUUGAUGUUUUACAAUUUUGAUGAGAAUUAAAAAAAAAUUGAAGAACUGGAAAAAUACUUUUAGCUUGUACUUGUUUCCCCCUAAAUGAUUUCUGACAGUUUUCGAACAUCUGCAUCUCUCUGUUCCCUCCCCGUCUAAGUCAAAUAGCAUGGAAAUAUGCGAGAGUCACCGAGAGACGAGGAGGGUCCAGAGAAGUCCCGCCCUCCCAGGUCGCGAAAAACGCUUAUAAAGGACCUGUCACCUUUUUUCUUGAAUUUUUGUUUCAAAUAUAAUAAUCUAUUUCCUACUGAAAAUUUUCACAAAAACCUUUUUUUUCAGGAUUACGUCAUAAAUGAUGUUUCGGCUCUGAUAAAAGCAAUGAAAGAGGCGCAAAAGGUUUGAUUGUAAAUUUCUUCAGGUUUCUUUUCAGCUGAAGAGGAAUUUUUUUUUUGACUGCAAAAAAAAGUGAUGACCCUUCCUACUCCCUUCGAUCGCAUGCCUAAAUGGGAUUGCAGGAAAUUUUGUCCACUGGGGAUUUAUUAAAUAACAUCACGGACCAGAUUAUCGAUCAAGCUUUACAGACUCGUCUUCAGUUUGUUCAGGUCAGUUUCAUCUUCACAUGAAAAUGAAGUGUCUCUCGCUGUUUUCAUUCAAAAAGAGGUGAAUCGGGAAUUCGAUGCAAGUAGGUACCGGAUAACGACCGCCCGGGAGUUAGCUACCGGGGAGCUACUUAUUAGCUACUUUUAUGGUACCGGAAAGCAUACGCUCGUCAGAGAUCCUACCCGGUAGCAUCCAGGUACCAUAGGGAUAGUACCCGUCGAAUACAAACGACCGCCAAUUACGAUACGCCGACUAACUUUGAAGUUGCUACCCGGUAUCUACUUGUAACAACCUCCCGAUUCACCAGUGAAAUCAGUCUUGAACAAAGUACACUGGUCAAUCGGGAGAUCGAGUAGGUCGUGUGUAGCAGAGGUGGUGGAUGGCUGCCCAUUGGCCGCCCUGCCUGUCAUGCCAAAAACGCCCAAUAGCAGAAAUGACUGAACAUUGCGUGCGUACACAUAGCAUCUCUUUUACUUCUAUCUCGUCGCCUGUCUCUGUUCACCUGCCUUUAGUUCAGCCUAUUGCCAGUUAUAAUAAAGGCGCAUGCACAGAGACAUACCACGCGCAUCGAAGGGAAAGGGUUCUGCAGAUCGGAGGAGAACGGAAAUUCAUUGCAUUGACACCCUUCUUCACACUUUCUUGAGCCGGAUCUUGGCAAGAUUGUGAGACUUGACAGCGCAAAACGGGAUCCUUUCAUGUACAGGGGUGGGCAUAAAUAUUGCACGGCGUUUAAAAUUCCGUUAUUCUCAAGUGGAACGGAUUCAGACAAGAAUGUCUGAAUUUUUUUUUAUCGGCAAAGUAUCCAAAUAAGCCAAUAUAAUUCAACUUUCGCUCCUACUUUUAUUGGCCUCACUGAGCGCCUUGACUCUCUCGAAAAAAUAUUCGACCUUGGACACAGAUCGAUCUUGUCAUCCAUUCUUGAUUAUGGAGACCAUCAGCAUGUCCCGGUUGAAAUAGAGUUUUGUCCAGGCCUUCGACCAAAUAUAAAUAUGCAGAAUUGUCAAGGGGUUCGAAUCUGGUGAGUAGCCGGUCCAUUCCUUGACCGUGUUGAAAUCGGGCAGAUUGGACUCGCACGAGUCUUGCUCAGCUCGGGGCUUGCAGCUUGACCUAAAAUUUUGGUGGAAGAACCAGCGACGGUUCGCAAAGUGGAAAACAAAAAAAAAAACAGAUUUAAAUUCCAUUGGCAGAAAAGAAAGUUGGAAUGAUCGAAAAGUCCGUGCAAUAUUUAUGCCCACCCCUGUAAAAAGCUAUAGCUCGAAAGAGGACGAAAAUUAUCACAAGAUAGCGCGGCAUGAACUAUAAAUUGACUGAUUUCUGCAGAUUCUCGCGGCGAUGGGGACGGAAAUUGGCCGAUCUGGAAGGGAGAAAAGCGUGGGCUCUGAGGUGAUCGAAUCCUGUCUUUGGUACAUGAGUACAUUUUUUUUUCGAUUUUAGCUAUCCUCAACCAUGCGGACGGUUUUGGUCGCACUUUACUCACCGAUUAUCGUCACUUGGGUUAUCCUCGCUUCUGCCAUCGGAGCCCUCGUUCGAUUUAUGAAAAGCGUCAAGUCGAACAAGAAAGCCGAGAGUCCUGUCUCCAUCUUUGGUUGGUAGGAAACCUAAUGAAGCUUUUAAUUUUAAAGUUGGGGAUUUGCGAUCAUAUUUCCCGAAUAAUGCUUUAGAGGUUCAGAUUUCAUUAUUGAUUCUUCAACUUGAAUACCCAAAAAUCUUGUCGCUGAUUGACAUUUUUUCAGACAGAAGCGCCCACAUUUCUUGGCUGGGUGGCGCCUUCUUGCUCAUUUUCUGUGGGUGAGUCUUACUUUUUCACUCGAAAUCGGCUGUCUAUAUUUUCCUCCAGUAUUUUUUUUGUCGGCAACGGAGCUUUUUUGGCUUUCUCUGCGGCCACCUUCAAGAAAACGAGUGUUCUGAUUGCCCUCGGCGAAAAGAUAAAAGAGGGUCUUGGAGGAUUGGACCUCGUGUAUGUAUUUUUUACUCGGAAUUUGUCAAAUUUUGCAGAAACGAUUCUUCUUUCAGUAAUGUAUUGUGGGCUAAACUUUCAGUAAUCAUUUUUUAUAAUUUUUUCCAAAUUCAGAAACAUGUUAAUAACAAGUAAAGACGGCGCAAGCAUCUACAAAGGAAUGAAACUUGGUGUUUUCUCCAUUGGCCUCUACUUCGGAGCUGUAAGCGUUUAAUAGUAGUCCAUUUUACCUGACUCGAAAAGGGAGGUAGGCGAAGAUAUGUGCGGGACGCAUAGCGUGUGCGUGCACGGUUUUUGGCACGAGUUCAAUUCAAGCGCUACCGACUACUUAAAAAGCUCGAUCACCGCUUUUUUUUAUUUCUUUUUUGAUCAUUCAUUCAUUUUUAUAAUUUGUGCUUCAAAAAAAAAGCAUGACAUAUACAAAAAGAGCGGUGACCGAGCUUUUUAAAUGGUCGGUGGCUGUUGAAUUGAACUCGUCCCAAUAACCGCGUGCGCACACGCUGCGUGUCCCGCUCUUUUCUCCUCCUCCAUUGCCUUCCAAGUCGGGAUGAAUUGACUACAAACUACCAUAAAAUGUAAGCAAAAAAUGGUGGCUCGCGUUUGACCUCGAGCCGCAAAAAAUGCAAAGCAAAAGUUAAUGUAAAUUUUUUUGGCGUAAAGUUGUGAAAUAUUUUGAAGCGUCAUCAUCAGCUGUAGUAUGUUUAUGUCAAGUGCAAUGACGUCAUCCGAAAAGGCUCUGUGAAUGGCUCUUUCUCUGAUUGGUUUAUCGCGCAAUCAGGGGCGGAGCUUGAGCGUCGCUUUGACAUUCCAAAUCUGACCAGACUAUAUUCAUUGGAAGGAAAACUUUUGGCAUUGUUUUUUUUCAGCUUUCUUUGUCAAGCGUCGCCAACAUUACGAUGCAUCAUUCGCUCGAUUCGGAUGAAUGGCACCGUAUCCAUUCGGAAAUUGAUGAACACUGUGUUGGUUGAUUAUAGCUCCAGCUAAAUCUCAAACCGUUACUCUAUUGGUUAGAAGAUUUGAAAAUAUCGCCUUGGAUCUGUAGCAUUGUAACAAAGUGAUAAAAAUCCUAUUAUAACAAAAAUUUGGGUGUUUUAAGCUUAUUUAAUGCCGAGUCCAGAGUGACUUUCAAGCAGAGAAUUGCAAACACUAUUUUUUGAAUCCAUUGUCAAAAAGAGGACAUAAGAUACCAGUUUUCAGUCGAAUCUGACAUUACCAGAAAAAUUAUUUCAUUUUUUUCUUUCUCUAAGGAAAAAUAUAAAAAAAAAUUCAAAAAAAAAAUGAAAAUAAUCGAUCCGAAAAAUUAACUUUGAUCGAAACCUUAAAAAAAAAUUCUAAAAAAUGGCAAAAAUGAAAUUAAUUGAGUCUUAGAGAUAAAUAAGAAAAGCUUGCAUGAGGGUAAUCGACUAUCAAGUUUUCUAUGUACUGGGCUGAACUGAGGAAGUUUCAAGUAGGAACUAUUCCGUAGAAAUAGUAACGGUUUGGGAUAUAGUGUGGGAUUAUUGCCUCGAGGACAACGUAAUCAAUAAAACGCUGCAGAACUCCUCACUUCACCAAAUUGAUUUAUAUUAUGACCCAGUUGGGCACGUCAUAUUCGAAACGAAAAAGUUGAAUAGGAAAUUUGUUUUGACUGAUUCGUCGAGUCCACAAAUUUAUUCAACGCCUCACAAAAAAACGCUACGAUCCUCGGUCGAAGAUAUACAGAAAUGGGUUGGUUGGGGAUAAUUUUUAUGGAUUUUGAUCCGAUCUUUCAGUUGGUCAAACACAAGGAAAAGAUUAACACAAAACGCGCCAACAUUGAGAAUUUCAUCGCCUUCGCUACACCCAUAGACGGCCAAAUAUUUAAUGAUUUGACGGUAAUUUUCUCGGGCUUUUUUUUUUCGUUGAUUACCCUUAUCAUUUCUCAAUUAUUAUCAUAAGAAGGCAGAUGGCCCGUGGGAUAUGUGGUUCCAGAUUAGAAUAAAUUCAUGAUACUUUUGCGAAAUAAAAUAGAACAAAAACUAGAAAACUUAGAGUUUGUUUAGAGAAUAGUUGAUCCACGGCUAGCUGGAACCAUUGAAAAAGGGGCCUGACAAGAUUUUUAUAAAGAGAGAGUUUCCGGUUGGUGGGGGACAGGCCACGCCCCUUCGCAUACAACUGUACCGUUCUAAUUCUGCUUCAUUUGUUCAUUUCUUUUUGCAGAUUGAGCUAAGUGGUUUGGCAACGGUGGGCGAGCCGAUGUACAUUUUCUUCAUGGAACUUUGCGAAAGAUUGGCCGACGAAAUUGUACAUCCGUUCAUUUUGUUGUGGACCGCGCUGGGUCAGCUUUUCACGAAGCUAUUUUUGGAUAUACGAAGAUUCAGUUCAAAAAAAGACAGCUUGGAAAAUAAAGCUCAAAGAAAAAUAAAUCAGAAAUCUCACCUUUGAUCUUUUUCUGUCGUCACCUUAUUUUUGAAGUCCAAAUUUUUUGAAUUUCAAACAAAAUUCGUUUUCUUUAAGUUCGCCUCCAAAACAAAACUUGGUCUGAAACCAUUAUUUCUCAACUUUGAGAAUUAAUAUCCCAAAAGUUAAAAACUUUGAGAAUUAAUAUCCCAAAAGUCAAAAAGAAAAGUUCGGGCUUCAUCUCAACCUAGACUUUCACAGGAUGUUGUACAAACUUUUCGAGAUCUUUAAAUUUCAUAAUUUCCACUGUUUUACACCAUUGAGAGAAUCGGAACUAUCAAAAUAUGAAAAGCUCUAGCAGCUGGAUACUUUUGAUUUUUUUUUGGAAUUAAAAAAUUUUCAGUCAUCUGCGCAUUCUCCGCUGUGUUCAUGGCCUAUCCUCUGAUUACGAUCAUCCGUUUCCUGUACGCGGCGAGCCCAGAAGAAGUGAAGAAAGGCGCGAGCAAGACGUCGAGUGACGGAAGCAAAGAUAUGAAGAAAACCACGAAAACGACGAGCGAUAAGGCCAAAGAUGGGAAGAAAACGGCGAGCGAUAAGACCAAAGAUGCGAAGAAAACGACGAAAACCACGAGUGACAAGAGUAAAGACGAGAAGAAACCGAAGAAAACGAAGGAAAAAGCGAAGAAGAAGGAUCAGAAGGCGUCUACAGAGUCCGCAGAGAAAGCUUGA